CUUUCUUCAGCUGGGCAAUAUAGAUCUAUAUCCCCAAGCCCAAGCCCAGCUCGAACAGUGCGAUGAGCCCCCAUCGCUUUCCCACUCUUUCUUCGCCUCGAUAGAACCCCCAGAAGUUCAUGACUUGUGCUUGAAGGUUGGCGGUGGUCUUCUUUGGUUUCCUCUUCAUACGUUCCUUUUCCGUGUUGAUACCACUCUCUUAGCACCUGCUGGAUCCAAAAUGUUUCCAAGCACCACAUUCCUUUUUAUUUCACUUACCUUCUUUUCGCUGUCUUCUGCUCUCGUAGACUCUGCAUCCCUAGGCGUCAAGUUUGCAUCCCCAAGUGCAUUGCCAGUCCUUACUUUGCCAUAUGGCUCAUACCAAGCGUCGAGCUACCGGUCGAAGAGCGAUAUAUACGUGUUUCGAAACAUUCGCUAUGCCGCUCCUCCGGUAGGAGAUCUCCGUUGGGCAAAACCUGCGGCGCCACGAAUCAACAACACCAUCCAAGACGGCAGCUAUGGACCGCAAUGCAUCCAAACUGCAGUGUCUGGACUAAACCUUAUGGGUCCAGGCAACAAGUCCCCCAUCGGUGCUGCGCUUAACCAGUUCCUAGGAGGACUUCCCAUCCCGCUCUUCAGUGGCGGUUCUGAGGACUGUCUCUUUCUGGACCUGUACGUUCCUGGCAGGACACUCCGCGACCUUUCCGGUGCUUCAAAGAAACCUUCGCCCCUCCCAGUAGCGUUCUGGAUUCAUGGCGGCGCCUAUCUCUUUGGAUCAAAAGAGUCCCUUCAACCAUUCUUUUAUGAUGGUAGCUCUCUCCUCACUCAAUCGGUCCCAUCUCCCGGCUCUAUGAUCUUUGUAUCAAUCAACUACCGCCUCGGCACUUAUGGCUGGCUCGCCGGCACAUCGAUGGAAAAUUCUGCGGUUCCAAAUGUCGGAUUGCAUGACCAGCGAGCGGCCCUCCAAUGGGUUAAAGAUUACAUUUCGCUGGUGGGUGGUGACCCAAAGCGCGUAACAGCGAUGGGGGAGUCUGCAGGAGCGGGUUCGAUCAUGCACCAUCUAGUGGCCGAGGGCGGCAAGCUCGAUCCUAUGUUCCAAAGGGCCAUCCUGCAGAGUCCAGCGUAUCAAAUGGCCUGGGAUCGGAAUGGGACUGUAGAUGUCAUCUUCAAGAAGUUUGGAGGGUUGGCAGGGUGCAGUUCUAGCUCUGGGAAAGCAGUAGUGGAUUGCCUCCGAAAGACCUCGCCCGAUGCGCUUGCAAAAGCCAACGCCGCGCUCCAAGCGUCGCAAAUGCCUGGAACAUUUGCCGUGGGACCGACGCCCGAUGGAAAAUUUAUUCGUCAGAUGCCGCUCCUGGAACUCGCUCAGGGAAACUUUUGGAAAGGACAGUCGGGGAGCGAAAUGAGCUUGUUGAUAUCGCACGUCAAGGACGAGUCCAGUCUCUUCGUCAGUGGUGCCAUCAGGACGAAUGAACAGUUUUCCGGCUUUCUCGACACCGUCUUUCCAAACUACACGAGGGAAAGCGGACAUGCUGAGAAGGUCGAACAGUUCUAUCCGGUGCCGGGCAAGAAGAGCGCCGAUGGGAAGAGGAAGUACGACAGCCAGGCGACAAGGAUGGCGGCGUUUCUGAGGGACAGUUGCUUUACGUGCAACGUGAGAUAUCUAGCCGAAGCCUACACCCCAUCGCGAACCUACCUGAUGCAAUACUCUGUCUUCCCCUACUUACACGCCACCGACCUGCUUCCGACUUUUUUCACCUCCACGCCCGCGUCCUCCUCUUCCUCCUCACCACAAACCAUCCUCGAUUGCCUCUCGACGUUUUUCGCUCCUGCCCUCGCGCCCUUCGUCUCCGGCAUCAGCACGGCCAUGCAAAGCUACUUUGCCUCGUUUAUUGUUAGUGGCGACCCAAACACGUACCGCAAGGGACUGCUGAACCUGCCGCCGGUGAUCAGCUGGGGAAAGCCUUCGGGUAUUGCUACUGCUGGGUCAAAAGCAGCUAGUAGUGAGGAGAGGAUGGGAGGGGUAUUGAACGUGGGUGAUUGGGGGUUUACUACGGUUCGUGACGAUCAGAAUGAGAAGACGCCUUGUGAGUUUUGGGAGGGGUUUGCAAGGGACGUGAGUGAGGUCGGAGGGUAUGAACUUUGAGAUGAUGAUGAAGCAAGGGAAAGCUUCGAGUAAAAGUUAAAUGGGGGGUCGUAUACGAAGUGGUCUACUGUCUGACAUAGGUAAGGUUGCACAGUCACAUACUGCUAUUCCAAGAUGUACUUAAUGUUUAAUCCAC